UGUAAUUGUGAAACAGCUGUGCGCAUAAAUAAGAAAACAUGUUCAGCUUAACUUUUCGUCAAACUGCUAGAGUUUCUUUGCAAAAGGUGAAUCAACUGCUGGGAACAAGCGGCACAUUGAUUAGUAAAUAUUCCAAGGCAAACAUGUCGCAGGAGCCACAAUAUCCACCGAUAGAAACGGCCAUGAGGAAAGCGUUAACAACAGAGUUAAAGCCGGUCUUUUUGGACGUUUCCAACGAGUCGCCAAUGCACAAUACUCCCAAACAGGCUGAAUCCCACUUUCGAGUGCUAGUUGUAUCUGAGAAAUUCAAUGACUUAACGCUAAUAAAGCGUCAUCGACUGGUUAAUGACACCAUAAAGAAUGCUCUGCAGGCGGCUGGCUUUGAAUUCAUGCACGCACUUUCCAUUGAAACGAAAACUCCGAAGCAAUGGCAGCCCGAACAGGAGCCGGAGAAAAGUCCCCCGUGUCUAGGUGGAUUUGGAAAAUAAAAUGAAAGCACAACGCUUAGACGAUGACUAACAAAAUUUUAUGUACAAAUGGAAUAUCACACACAAACCUUAAACCACAUUAAAUAGAUACAAGAAAUGAUUCAUUAAGAUU